CGCAUCACAGAAAAAACCCUAACGCGAAGCAAGCCGGAGCCGCCAUUUGCAGUUUUGCGCGUGGUUGUUGUGUGUAUAUACAGUUCUAUGUGAUACGAUUUUGGCGUGAAAAAGUGAAUUUUACAUAAAAAUCGUCUUCAGGAUGGAUCCGGCGAAAAUGAAAGUGGUCGAUUUGCGAAAUGAACUCGCCUCAAGGGGUUUGGAUACAAAGGGAAACAAAGCUGUGUUAGUAAAGCGCUUAAAAGAUGCUUUGGAGAAAGAGUUGGAUCAUGGUCUGCCGGACACCUCCAUUGCUGACACUUCCACUGAAGAUAUUGAUACUUCUCACAUUGAAGAAGCCGAUAAAGACGAGGACGAGCAAAAGUCAGUAGGUAGAACUGAAACAUCUCCAGAAGUAUCGGAGUCGCACAUUGUUGAGAAGGAAAACCAGGAAGAUGUGGACAUGAAACUGGAUCUUAAUACAGAACAAAAGGAAGCUGAGGCAAACGGAGAAAAUAUUCAUAAGACAGAACACGAUACGGAGGAAACCAAGGAGGAUGAAGAUGAUAGUGUUCAAGUAACAAUUUCAACAAAGAAAGAAAGCACAGUUGAAGAGGACCAAGUGAGUGGUAAUGAUAAGAAAGACGUGAAAGCAGAUGAAAACACUGAAACCAAAGGGGAAAAACGGAAAAGAGAUGAAGAAGACGUGCCGGAAAAAAAGGCAAGGAGCAGAUCACCAAUUAAAGAAGAUGAGCCAGAAAUUGACUAUGAAAAGUGCCAGUUGAGUUGGUAUGACUCUGAUCUGCACCUUCAAAUUGACAAACAAACUUUUUUAUCAGGAAAACCGCUCAACGAUGGAGCAUUUGGUUAUAUUUGGGCCGGUGCCCGAGCCACGUAUGGCAUAACUUCUGGAAAGGUCUACUAUGAAGUGAAGAUAACUGAAGAAUUGAAAUGGGAGGACAACAUCAAACGGUCUGAAUACGUGGACAGAUUGAAGAAGAGCAGAUACCGGACCGAUCAUCGGAACGAUAAGAAACCAGAAAAAGCGAAAAAACCGGUCGAAAAACCAAGCGAAACGCCUCCAGAAGGGCAACAACCAUCCGAGCCGGCUGAAAAAAUGGAAACCGACGAGGUACCCGACGAAAAGAAGGAGAACGAGACGGUACAAGAGACGGAAGCUGAGACAGCCGAGUCGAAACCUGAAGAUGAAGAAAAAUCCGAAGUCGAAACGUCCAUUUCUGCGCCUGAAGCGAGCCAGGAAGAAAAUGCGGCGGAGAACAAAGAAGGGGGCGGAGAAACGGACCAGUCGAAGAAAGACCCAGAGUCCGAGCCCGAGCCUUUGCCUACUCACUUAUUCAGGGUGGGUUAUUCCCUUCAGGGAACUAGCUUGCAGCUGGGGGAGUGCGGUCAUUCGUACGGCUACGAGUCGUCCGGAAAAUUUGUCUCUGACAAGCAAUUCCGGGACUACGGGGUUAAGUUUGGAGUGGGCGACGUUAUUGGUACAUAUGCGAAUAUCGAUAGUGACCAAUUGACGAUCACCUACACGGUAAACGGCGUUUUGCAAGCGGUCGCCGUGACGUUACCGCUCGCCGAUUUACCGCAGAACUUUUCCUUGUUCCCCCACCUUCUCACCAGAAAUUACGCGUUCGAAGUGAACUUCGGCGACCGGGAGGAGACGUGGUUCCCUAGUCCAGCGGAACUGGGCGACUAUCGGUUUCUGAACGCCACAGAACACAAAGUGGCCGGUCCACGUCGGCCCGAUACGCGUCAAGACUGCGAAGUUAUAUUGAUGGUAGGUCUGCCGGCGUCCGGCAAAACGCACUGGGUUCGCGAACACCUCAAGGCGAAUCCCGAAAAGGAUUUUACCGUUAUCGGCAACAGCGCCCUCCUCGACAGGAUGACGGUGUGCGCGGAACCGCUCAAGACGCGAUUCAAGGGCUCGUGGAAAACCCUGAUCGACAAGCUCCACAAGUGCCUGAACAAGAUCACCGACAUCGCGUCGCAGCGCCGCAAAAACUUCGUCAUCGAUCAGACCAACUUGUUCCCGGCUGCGCAACGCCGCAAAAUGCGGUCCUUUGAGGGAUUCAAGAGACGCGCAGUGGUCAUUAUAGUCGGUGACGAGGAACAGGCGAAGAGGCAACGGUUGCAAGGAACGCAGGACGGUAAAGAGGUGCCGGAAAGCAUUCUGUACGAGUUGAAAGCUACUAUGAGCAUACCCCAGAAGGAGGACGGGCUGGACGAGAUCGUGUAUCCGGAACUGCCGGAGGAGGAGGCGAAGAAAAUGGUAAAGAAGUACACGGAAGAAGCGCGCGCCAAGGGCUACAGCAGAAGGUUCUACCGUAGAGACAACCGCAGCGGCUACAACCAAAACAACUACCACGACCGCAACUAUCAAAGGCAGCAGCCCUACGGGAACAGGUAUCCCCAGGGAGGCGGCUGGGGCAGGCAGGGAGGCGGCGGUUGGGAGCGUAGAGACGGGCGGGGACCGCCACCGCCACCUCCGCGUCAGGGGGGCGGCUGGCGACCCAACAGGCCGGACCGGGUCCCGCCUCGCGACUACGGUCGUCAAGGCGGACCCGGCAGCUACGCCCGUAGCAACCAGCCGAAUUACCGAAGCGGGGGCGGUUCCGGAGGUGGCCGGAGCGGCGGCGGCGGCUGGCAGCAGUCGGGCGGAUGGGGCGGCGCAAACGGAUCCGGUCGCCAAGGCGGCUGGAACCAGCAGGUGUUCGGCGGCUACGGGAAAUGGCAUCAGAACGAUAGCGGCGAUUGGUCGUACGGGAAUCAGAGUCAGAGCGGAGGCUACGGCAGUCAAGGCCAAGGCAGACAGAAUUGGAACUACUACGGGCAGUACGGGCAGCAGCAGGGCUGGGGCGGUGGCCAGCAAUAUUAAAAGGGGUCGCCAUGCUCUCUCACAAUUGCGGAAACAACUUGCGGCGGUGGCGGAGCCCAGUAGUAAUUCUGCUGUUACGCUUGGCUAAUAAGCCGGGUAGCAUAGUAUGAAAAAAUGGAGGUUUUGUGGGCAAAUCUAAAAAACUUAAACUUACAUUUGAGUGUAAGUUUUGGAUUGCGAAGCUUCGGGUUCUUGCAAUUAGUUUAAUUUAAUCGUUUUUUUGAGAUUUGACCUCGCAAAAUAAAUCUUUGCGACAGUAGAUAUCUGUAAAUACUGAAUUAUUUUAGUCAGUGUGUAUGUAAUUCUAAACAUGUUUUUUUUUGUACGAGUGUCUCAUUUUUUUUUUAAACAUAGUUUAGCAACUAACAGCUAAUUAUAUUGAAAAUUUAUAUGCAUUUGGUGACCUCUUCAUUGGGUAAACAAAUUAUAGAUUUUUAUUUAAGUCACGUAUAGUGUAUGUACAUAUUUCGAGUAUAUACGAAAGUGUAUACCCAUAAUAGAAAGUAUUACAGACGAGUAGUUUGCAUAAUAAACAAUAUCCUUGGGUUUUGUCAAAUCGUAAUUUGUAAUAUAAAGAAAUAAACGUAAUUU